AUGCGCGCCGUCUUCGUCUUCGUCCUGCUCACACUGCUAGUGUGCUCCAAUGGGAUCGCCAGCGCCAAGAGUUCCGCCAUGGUGAGCGCCCUGCAUUCCGAAGCUGUUGAGGCCCCAGUCAGUAGCGACGCCACUCGUCGCAGACUCAGGGGUACCGUCGUGGUCGAUGAAGAGCGAGUGCUGGGGCUGGAGAAGCUGGCGAACAGCGUGGCGAGUAUUUUCAAGAGGAAGCCGGGUCUCAUCCAAAAAGUCGAGAAGCUGCAGAGCAGUCCCAGCGCGGUCAAGGCGUUGGAGAAGGCGACACUCUCAGGAAAGAGCUCAAACAAGCUGCGCGCGUACUUCGCGAGACUUGCAGCGAACAGCAACAAGGCGCAGCAGUUCUUCAUCCUCGCAACCAUCGUGCUAUUCGCGGCUGGUGUUACAGUAACCUGGUUGACGUAA